GCGACACACGACGCCACUUCAUUUCCUUUCGUGAUCAUGCUCGCCAAAGCCGCCUCGACCGCCACCCGCGGGUUCUCCUCGCAAGCCAAGAAGAUCGCCGUCGCCAACCCCGUCGUCGACCUCGACGGUGAUGAGAUGACGCGUGUGAUCUGGGACCAGAUCAAGUCCAAGUUUGUCCACCCGUACCUCGACCUGAACAUCGAGUACUUUGACUUGGGCCUCCCGAACCGCGAUGCGACCAACGACCAGGUCACGAUCGACGCCGCCCACGCCAUCAAGGAGUUCAACGUCGGUAUCAAGUGCGCGACGAUCACGCCCGAUGAGGAGCGCGUCCAGGAGUUCAAGCUCAAGCAGAUGUGGAAGUCGCCCAACGGCACGAUCCGCAACAUCUUGAACGGUACGGUCUUCCGCGAGCCGAUCGUCAUCUCGAACGUGCCCCGCCUCGUGCCCGGCUGGAAGAAGCCGAUCGUUGUCGGCCGCCACGCCUUUGGUGACCAGUACAAGUGCACGGACUUUGUCGCGAACGGCCCUGGCAAGUUUGAGAUGAGCUUCACGCCGGCCGAUGGCAGCGCCAAGCAGUCGUGGGAGGUCUAUGACUUCAAGGGCGCCGGUGUCGGCAUGGGCAUGUACAACACGGAGGACUCGAUCUACGCGUUCGCCCACUCGUGCUUGUCGUUUGCGCUCACGAAGAAGCAGGACUUGUACCUCUCGACCAAGAACACGAUCUUGAAGAAGUACGAUGGCCGCUUCAAGGACAUCUUUGAGGAAGUCUACCAGGCCGAGUACAAGGCCAAGUACGAUGCGGCUGGCAUCAGCUACACGCACCGCCUCAUCGACGACAUGGUCGCCCAGGCGCUCAAGUCGGACGGCGGCUUUGUCUGGGCCUGCAAGAACUACGAUGGUGAUGUCCAGUCGGACAUUGUCGCCCAGGGCUAUGGCUCGCUCGGCCUCAUGACGUCGGUGCUCCUCGCGCCUGAUGGCAAGACGGUCGAAGCCGAGGCCGCCCAUGGCACGGUCACGCGCCACUGGCGCGAGUACCAGAAGGGCAAGGCCACGUCGACGAACCCGAUCGCGUCCAUGUACGCCUGGACGCGCGGUCUCGCGCACCGUGGCAAGCUCGAUGGCAACAACGAGCUCAUCACGUUCUGCAACGACUGGGAGUCGGCGGUCAUCGAGACGGUCGAGAAGGGCUUUAUGACCAAGGAUCUCGCCAUCUGCGUCCACGGCACGUCGAACGUGACGCCCGACCAGUACCUCACGACCGAGCCCUUCAUGGACGAAGUCAAGAAGACGUUGGAUGCCAACCGUGCCCGCAAGUAAAUUUACCUCACUAUAAUCGACAAGCAAUCGAAGCCCUGUUGUCCCAUCA